CGGUUGCACAGGUGGUAGGAGAAGCGUCCGUCCCGGCUGGUUUCUCUUGUAGGAAGUGCUGCUCAACCCCCGUCAUUUGUUCAUCAAAUCGAAAAUACCGGCUUACCAGACAGAUUGCUUUUCUUCCCACGAGCGGAGUGUGAGUUUGAGCCACCAUGGCGGGACCUGUCAGCUUGGAGUUGGAUCCCAUCUUCCUGAAGGGCCUGAGUUACCUGCACUCCAAGAGCAAAGACUCGGUUGAGAAACUCAAAGCUUUAUUAGACGAGUCCCUCUCGAGAGGAAGCGACUCAUCUUACCGCUCUUUACAAAAAGAUAUAGAGGUGUCCAAGGUGUCUGUGUCAAAACUGAGCUUGAGUAAACAGGACUCCAAGUCCUCCUCGAGUUCCUCAUCGUCCAGCAGCAGCAGUGGCAGUAGCAAAUCGAGCUCGGAAAAAAGCAAAAAAGAGGCAGAGAAGAGACCCCCUGAGAAGGUUAGGGUUGACUUGGCUGAGGUGGAUCCGCCGAAAAAGCCUCGUUUGGAGAAACAGGAGAAUCGUUCUUCUCCAAUUACUGUUCAGAAGAGCAAUGACCUCCUGUCUAACAUUAACGACUACGAUGAGACCAACGCAGAUGACUUUGCCAUGGAAAUGGGCCUGGCCUGUGUGGUUUGCAGACAAAUGACAGUCACUAUGGGGAACCAGUUGGUUGAGUGCCAAGAGUGCCAUAAUCUGUACCACCAGGACUGUCACAAGCCCCAGGUGACAGACAAGGAAGUCAAUGACCCUCGGCUCGUGUGGUACUGUGUUCGCUGCACCAGGCAAAUGAAACGAAUGGCCCAGAAACCUCCACAGAAGCCGUCCCCUGCAUCUGCAUCGUCGGCGCCCGUUGUAAAAGACACGCUGCUGGUCAAAAGGACGGAGCUUAAAACCAAACCUGACACAACCAGCACCUUCCAAGCCUUCAAAAGAACAGAAGUGAAGGCAUCCACAACAUCAGCGAAUCCCACCAGUGGUAGCUCCUCCUCCAGCAGUGGCCUUACAGGCUGGGCUGCGUUCGGCGCCAAGACGAGCUCUUCUCUUCCUCCCAGCUCCAAAUUGGGUCCCUCGGGCCCAAGCGGGAGCAACAAGACCUUGACUGCUCCCCCUGGCCAGAAACCCGUAGGGUUGUCCGGGCUGGUUGGUGCAAAAUCAGGACUUGGGGGUGCCAAGGUACCCGGUGGGGGCAACGGAAACGGCUCCAGCCAGGUGCCUCUGAAAUCUCCUCCACCCCUGACUCUGGGUAAGCAGCCGCUGAACCGCUCAUCGAGUGGUGACAACCAGGGGAAAAGCCCUGCCUCCUCUGGUGGGGGCUCCCCGAGCAGCUCCCAGACAAGUGCGGGAGGGAACGGGAACAAUGGGAACGGGUCAAAGGCCGCACCAGGGGAGAAAGCGCCAACUUCUCAAGAGUCUCAGCUCAACGCCAUGAAACGGUUACAACUGGUUAAAAAGAAAGCAGCACAGAAGAAACUGAAGAAAUGAGUAGAGAGGAAGAGAUCUGAGGAAACAGGAAACAAACUGUUCCAAAGUGCGAGAAUAGUGCAAAGAUUUGUUUGUAUUACAACGGCAUCGGUAUAUGGAUUGACAGUAUCCAGUCAAAUACUUGAAUCUUACUUUGUGUAAAUGCUGCUGGACUCUGUGCGUCAUUCUGCCCUAACAAAUCGAAUCAUUGAUAAAGUCUGUUUUUAUCAACAAACAUCAUUAAAUAUCCUCUUAUAAACUGC